AUAAGCUGGGCAGUAAAACGAUGUAUGCCAUUGUUGAAUUCGUGGUUGGCGAGAAGCGAGAAUGUGCAUUAGUGCCAGUUUUGUGGCUGGUGGAUAAUAAUACCAUCUGCUACUGGCCACGCACGAAGAAUGAGGAGCAUUUCCUAAAAUUAGUCAAAUCAAAGGCAAUAUAUCAGAAAACAUGGCCCAAGUAUCCUGUUCACAACGUUCUGCAUACUGGAGAAAGCUUCGACGCACUACAAAAGACGAUGACGCACAUCAUAGAACACGGUACAUCCGAGGAAGAUGGCACAGUUUACACCAUUAGUAAGAAAUCCACAGGGCAUUGUUAUGAAAGAGAGUCGCAGAGCAAUGAUGAAGAUGAAGAGGGCAAUGAUGAAGCUGUCGUACGUGAAAAUAUAUCCAAAAAGCGUAAACAUACAAAGAAAUCCAAGAAGAACAAAAAAAAGAAGGUAAAGCGUCAACGUGAGACGUCUUCAGAUACUGCAGAUGAUACAUCAUCAGUUGAUGAAAAUUCUCCACCAACACACCAUCCCACUUUGAACCCACGACAGAAUUUCAACAUAUCCAAUGCAUCACCUGUUAUCGUUUCUGUAAAUGAGACAGCUCGCCCUUCAGCCCACAGUUUGACAAGGUCGAUAACUGAAUAUGACCUAUCAACGUCACAAACUUUAGCCUCAACCUCGAAUUUGGUAGCUGAAGCUGCAACUGUAGUUGCAUCCCGAAAUCCACUGAGGCCCAUAGACGAGAAAGCUCUACAAUAUUUGGAACGUAUAAAAUCUUGUGUAGACCAGAAUCAACUCAUGCUGAGGAAAAUCAUAUCGAGGCAGCAAGCAACUAACGUGGACAGCGUACAAAGGCCAGAGGUAUUUCCAACGCUUCCAAUUGAAACAAUCGAAGAAUUUGCGAACCUCGAAGAACUUCUCAAAUCGAAUGAGCAUCGAAUAUACCUGACACAAAAACUAUCCUCUAUUGGAGGCACAAGUGGCCGUCAAUGCGUAUUGGCUGUUCUCAAGUCAUUACUAACAAACGAAUUAGCCAUGCAGUUCAAUUGGGCUGGUAGAGAUAAAAUUGCUUUCCAAAAGACACUGGUGAUGCAAGUUAUUUACGAUGCUGUUAAAGCUACUUUCCAUGGUAAGGAAUUAGUAAGCGAUAUCAAGGAAGCGAAUAUUGCAGCUGCAGUUAAAGAUUGGUUGAAACUCGCUCGAUCGCGAUACUUCUACGUACCUAAAAGACGCCUUCAAUAGUAUCUGUGUUCUCUUUCGAAAUAAUGUGUCAAUACUUUUUCUAACUCACUCUGCCAGGAUUGUGAUUUUUUUUCAAGUCCCAAGAGAAAGCUAACGAUUUUCCUCAUUGAGGUGUAUCCACUAUAUAAUUAGUUUGUUUUAUGUUUCAUUCGUUGUCAAACCACUCGUAUCCGAUACAAGUUUUUGUUUGUUUAGAUUUACUUAAGUUUACUGUAUGUUGUACUUCUAUACUCAAGUCCGGAGUAGAUGAAAGAUAACGAUUUUCCUCAUUGAGGUACAAUCAUUGUAUGAUUAUUUUGUUUCAUGUUUUAUUUGUUAUCAAAGUACUCGUAUCGGAUACAAGUUUUUGUUUGUUUAUAUUUACGUAAGUUUACUAUUUGCUAUAGCUACUAUACUCUUGUGAGUAUAUCUA